CCACAGUUGUAAGAAUUUGCGCGUGCAUCUAGUGAGGUUUGUUCGUUGGUUGGGCGUACACGUAGCUUUCUACGUAGAUACCAGGUAAGAAUAUUUAAUGUAGUAUAGAUAAUGAUGGUGAUAUCAUUGAUGACUUCUCCAAAUGUGCCCCAGGUCUAUGUACAUAAGUAUUCCUUGAAGAAGAACUAUUCUCCUUUUUCUCUAUCAUUUAAUCCUAUAAAUGAGGGACAUACAAAUCCAUGGGACAUGGGUCCUAUUAACUGAUCUAAUACCAUAGAAAUGAGAAUUUUUUCCUUUAUAAUAAACCAGAUGACCAGAUGCAUUGAACUAGUACAUUAAAAAAUGGAUGCAACUAAAGCCUCGGAGACAAACGAAGAGUUUAAGGAAAUAGAAUUUGGUUUUUAUUCUCCUGAAGAACAAAUGUCUGCAUUUCUAUACGUUGGAAAAGAACUUGCCAUUUAUCAGCCAGAAAAUUUCAUUGCCCAUAAUUAUUUUUUAGCAAUUCAUCUUGAAUGUAUAGAGAAAUUAGCUGCAGAUGAAAAGAAGCCACUAUUGCCAGUCGAAAUAAUUCUAAAAGCAUUCGAGAGUAAUCUUGUUCCGCAUUUUGAGACAUUGAUAUUCGCAUUGGCGGUAUGUUGCAAGCAAGUUUAUAGUGAAAGUUUACGUCAUGCGGCUUAUUCGAUAGUAGGCAAGAUUUGUUCAUUGCCAGAACAUUUUAUUCUAUUUAUCAAAUUCACAUCUGAAUUAAGUAAACGCAAAAUCUCAAUGCUACACCCUGUUAAGCCUAGCCAUGGAUGGGGUCAUGGAUUGCGUAAAACUGUUAAUAAUUGGUAUCUUUCCAAGGAACCCUUAGAAUUAGCUAAAUGUGUAACAAGAUGUAAAGGCAGACAUGGAUGGAAGCACAAGGAUAUAGUCAAACUCUCUCAUCCACAUCCUGAUACAACAGAAAAAGAAGUGAUACUUAAGUACAUAAUACAUGGUUUGGAUAAAACUAAAAAAUUCUUUGCCGAUAACUCAAAUGUACAAGCAUUGAUUGAAUACAUCGAAAGGAUCGAAAAUUUCAAACAUUGCAAUGAUAUAGUUCAGGCAGCUGGUCUUUUAGAAAAGUACGAAUUAACAUUAGACCAUGUCCCUGGUCACAUGUUGAAAUCUACCGAGAUUUGGAAUUCAUUGGUACCGUCAAUGGAUUUACAUACGCUUCUGAGUAAUUUGCAAAGAAUACACAAUUUGGGAUUAUUGAAAGCAGAUGCUCCAAUUAUUGACAAAAUAAUAGAUGAGAUUACUAAUAAGGACAGAUUAGCUUGCAGCAAUAUACAUCCAAUAUUUAUUUACAUAACUUUACAAAAUUAUCUACACUCCGGAAAGCCAUUGUCAUACGAGAAACGAAAAAUGAAAGUACAAGCAAAGAAACCAUAUCGUCCUUCGCCAAGACCAAACUCUAAGAUUAUAAGUGCAUUACACCAAGCCUUCGAUCUUUCAAUUAUGAAUCUCAAAUCUACUGGCUUGCGUUAUAUGAUAACGAUUAAUGCUAACAAAGUAAUGUGGGAGUCUAAUACGUGGCACAAUGGUAUUGUGAAUGGGGCAGAAGCUGGUUUCUUACUAGCGUAUACGCUUUCUCGAUGCGAGAAAGAUGUCACUGUUGCUGUAUUUGACAUCAUCGACGUUGAUAUUGUCAAUUUGAAUCAGUCAUUAGAUUUUUUUUCGCUAAUUAGUACAUAUCAGCCUAUGUCAAAUAAAAAUAUCCGUUUAAGCACCCCUAUUAAAUGGGCAUCCAAACAAAGUUAUCAGUAUGAUGUGUUUAUUAACGUCGUGAACGAUAUAGUAGACUACAACGAAUGCGAAGAGAACUUUGAAGAAUAUAAAAAAAGAAUGAAUCUUCCCCACGCAAAAUUAAUAAAUUGCGUUGUCUGUUCUUCAAAAACGUGCAAAGAAGAUUUAUACAACAGAAACAUUUUAACAAUUUACGGUUUUGAUGUAACCGUGCCUAUGGUUAUACAAGCUUUUGCAAAGUCACUCUUUUGAAGAAAAUCAGCUAUAAUACAAUAUGCUGUACUCAUGAUUUAACUCCAUUUUCUCGAGUAAGAAAUUUAGCGUUUUUAAUUGGAUGAAAUAUUAUCAUGCAACAAUUUUUACAAAGGUAAAUCUCUACUAAAAUCAUCCAUUUCUACACGAUUUUUCAUAACAAUCCUACAAUAAUUUUAACAAAUUUUGUAUCGCUCAUUCGAUGAGAAUCCCUUUUGAGUGAAGACAAAUUUACAAAGAAUUAUGAAACAAUAAUGUUUCAAUCUUAUUAAAGAAUGAAAUUUCAAGUAGAAAGUCCUGUGACAGGCGAUAAUAAACGUAUUUAACAUUAA